AUGAGGGUGAGAGUUGUUGUUGUUGGUGUUCUUGGGAUCGGAAAGUGUUUGGUUCUGAGAGGAUUGUGUUCUAGCGAUCGGGUGAUGUUCUCUAAGACUUUUCUGUUCCCCACACAACCCACAACUGUUACCAGUUUCCAGAAAGAUGCCACGCCAAUGCUCUAUUUAAGGGAACCUUUGCCUAGUUCAUAUCCAGAAGCACCUGUUCUUCCUGGUAACAUGAUGAUGUACAUGAACUCUGGGUCAUACUCGGAUGCAUUGGCUGGAAGUUCUCAGCAGCAAAACAACUGCAUUGACGUAGUCUCCUCCGCGGGGGCUUCAGAUAACAAUUCACAGCAGCAGGAUGUUUUAUCGCAUCUCGGUGGCUCCCGUGUUGGAGAGCAGGGAUUCAGUCCAUGGAGGGAGGGUAGAAAUGAGAUGCUAGUUACGCACCCCAUGGGUGGUUCUGCAGCUAUUCUUCAUGGCGGACAGAACUUGCAAGGUCAGGGAUUAUCCCUCAGUCUCAGUACACAAAUACCAUCAGGAAUGCAAAUGCCUUCUAUCCCAUACCGCAAUCCCAAUAUGGGUUUUGCUUCAUUCUUAAGUCCAAAUCCAUCAAUCUCAAGUGAGGGUGACUGCAGGAAUGGCGCUUUUAGAGAUGAACAGCCAAGGAAUGUUGAAUAUUUGCAAUCUGGUUUUCCUGGAGGCAAUCCAGAUUCAAGUAAAGGGGAUUUGUCUCCAUAUGGGAUGUCGAGUAUUGCAAGAGCCAUUCCCAAUAACAAAUACCUCAAAGCAGCACAACAACUGCUUGAUGAAGUUGUCAAUGUCCAGAAAGCACUGAAGCAGCAUGAUAGGGAGAAGAACCAAAGCACACAUGAGCAUCGAGAUGAUGGAUCAAAGAAUGAGCUCGAAAGUGGAGUAUCUUCAAACCCUCAAGACACAGCCAGUAACUCACAAUGUGAGCUUUCACAUGCUGAGAAACAAGAGUUGCAAAGCAAGUUGACGAAGCUUCUGUCUAUGUUAGAUGAGGUUGAUAGAAGGUACAAGCACUAUUACCAUCAGAUGCAAAUUGUGGUAUCAUCAUUUGAUGUGAUAGCGGGAUGUGGGGCAGCUAAACCAUACACAGCAGUUGCCCUCCAGACUAUUUCGCGCCACUUUCGAUGCUUACGUGAUGCAAUCACAGGGCAGAUACGAGCAACCCGUAAAAGCCUUGGGGAGGAAGGUGCAUCAGGAAGCAUUAAAGGAGUUGGAAUAUCUCGCCUCCGUUAUGUGGACCAGCAACUCAGGCAGCAGAGGGCCCUUCAGCAACUUGGUAUGAUGCAACAGCAUGCAUGGAGGCCACAAAGAGGUUUGCCAGAAAGCUCUGUUUCGAUUCUGCGAGCAUGGCUGUUUGAGCACUUCCUUCAUCCCUAUCCGAAGGAUUCUGAUAAGAUCAUGCUAGCAAGGCAGACAGGCUUGACUAGAAGUCAGGUCUCAAACUGGUUUAUAAAUGCACGGGUGCGUCUCUGGAAGCCCAUGGUUGAGGAGAUGUACAAAGAAGAGGCUGGUGAUGCGGAAAUGGACUCCAAUUCUUCAUCUGAGAAUGCACCUCAAACGAAAAAAAGUGACAUGAGGACCAUGGAAGAUGGAGUAGAAGAUAUGCAGCCUAGUGCUAGUUCGACAUGCACUGAGAGAUGCAGCACUGGACAAUUUAUGGACUCCAAAUCCGACCAUUUCCAUGAUGUGGAAAUGGCUGGAUCCACUGGGUCUGCCAGUUUCCAAAAUGGGACUCGUCGCGAAGCUGAAGCUCAGUACGGGCUGGUGAAGCUUAGAGAGGGGCAAAGGGCUGGUAUGGAUGACUGUAGCCUCUUUUCUGAUCCAAAUGUUCACUCUGAUAGGAGCAGUGAGAGGUUUAUGGAAGCAGCUGAUGCAUACCACAUGCCGGAGUUGGGGAGAUUUGGAAGUGGAAGCGGGGUGUCUCUGACAUUGGGGUUGCAGCAUUGUGAUGGUGGUAGCCUGCCCAUCUCUACUGGAACUCAUCACAGUUUUGUUGCCAUGAGAGGGGAUGAUUUAUACAAUCCUGCAGCUUCUUCUGUAGGAUCUGAGACAGCAGAUUUUGAAUGCAUGGAUUCUGGGAACCAGCAACACAGAUUCGGUUCCUCCCAUCUUUUACGCGAUUUCGUCGUGUGA